AGGGAAAAAAAUGACUGCAAUUACCUUUGACUGUUUCAGUAUAAGCAAGGGCGGAAUAUGGAAUGCAAAAACCGUUAAGUUGAAGCGGAACAAUUUUUUGAUUCAAAACAAGAAGACAAGUGUGUAGAAAGAGAGCUCCAGUCGUCAUGGCUUCACUUGAUUGGCUGAUUGUCGCGGUAGCUAGUUUCACAGUGUUUCAAAUUAUGUUCCAUUAUUUAAGUGGGAGAAUAUCUUUAUUUUUCUGCAAGAGUUAUCAAACAUUGACUGACAUUCAGAAGACUGAAUGGAACUCCAGGGUGGUGUCAACAUUUCAUGCACUAAUAGUUGGGCUGUUGUGUCUAUAUUUGCUGUGGUUUGAUGAUGCGGUUAAUGCCAAUCCUAUCUGGUAAGAUACCUAACUAAUCUCUUCUAAUUUUUGGUUUUGUGUUGCUUUUCUAGAUUUCCUACUCAUGUUAUGGUAUUGGGAAGCAAUUGGAGACAUAUAUUUUAUUAUCCACCAUUCUACAGCACUAUAUGCUUACUACUAUGUACUGGGCCAAGGAUUGCUGCCUUAUUUUGCUAACUUCCGUCUGAUUGCAGAAUUUUCAACUCCUUUUGUUAACCAGCGGUGGUUUUUUGAAGCAUUAAGUUAUCCAAAAACUUCCUUGCCAAACAUUAUUAAUGGGUUUCUAAUGACAGUGAUAUUCUUUCUGGUCAGAAUUGCUGUCAUGCCUCCGUACUAUAGCAAAAUGAUUUCCACGUUUGGAACAGAGGCCUUUUACAAGCUUGGACUGCGAGCACAAUUUGCUUGGAUUGCUGCCAGCCUUUGCUUAGAUGUUAUGAAUAUAAUGUGGAUGUACAAGAUUGGAAGGGGGUGCUACAAAGUCUUGCUUGCCUGCAAGAAGCAGCAAGCAGACAUUCAGAAAAAUGGAAAACAACGGUAGAGAUGUGCUUUGCUUGUUGUAAAUUUAUUUUUAAAUUUUGAGAGCAUUCGUGAUGGUGUUUUGUACACAACAGUGGAACUGUAGUUACAAGCUAACAGUGUACUGUAUCACUAAAGAUCUGUUUAACCAAAUGAAGAUGACCAUUGAAUUUUGGAACUUAUAAGUCUACAACAUUUACAGUUUUGCAACAAUACAAUAUCUAAAUGAUAAAUGCACCGAAUAACAUGAAUAAUGCUUAUUCAUACAUAUACAAGUAGAAGCCCUCAAACUGCAUGCGGGUUAAAUCCAACUCUGAGGAAUUUACAUUUUAGGUUUGCACUUUUAUUUUGGAACACAGUGCUUUGAAUGCCACAAGCAAUUGUACACCUGCAUCAAGAUCUUUCAUUGCCAUGGAGGAAAUUAUUGAUAGAUUACUUGCUCAUCUGAACUGUGAACAACAAAUUCCUCUUCACUGAAAACUAGCAAGAAUAACUUGCAUUUAUAAAGUGCCUUUGAAACAGGAAGAAAUCCCAAGGAAGACAGACAUGUUGAAAACAGUCAGUCCUUUAGGUUUGGACGAUCACUCUUUAUUUGCAUGCAUAAGUGGCUCAAAUACAUAACUUAUUUUUUAAAAUAGACUAAUAUUAAGAUGUUUCAUUAAGAUGUCAUCAUAUGGUGUGUCAUCUGGUUGAAUUUAUGGUAUUAAAAAGGUUGCCUAACCUUUGCUAUCUUAGGAAUUAUUAACCCACUAGGCAUGUAGUUGACAGGAAAUUUGUUUCUGUUGAAUCUAAAAAUAUAUUUAUGCAGAAUACAUUCAGAAUACCUGCAGCAAGUAAUCAGUACUGUGUGACUUUAUAAUUUAAUCUUGUACAAUCAUUAGUGAAGUGAUUGCAAAUAGCUACUUGUCACAGCUUUGAAUUUUGAUUGAGUAAUUUUAAUUGGUAAAUCUACAUGUGUAGAUAUAUUCUGUAUUAUGUAGUAGCAUGUAAUAGCCAUAAAGAUCUUAAUUCCUCUUGAGAUGGAUGAAACUAUACGGUUUGCAUUUUUAAAAAAAAAGUCUAGCAAUAAUGGCCAAUGUAUGGUUUUUGUCAGUUCCCUUAAUGCCAUCAUUUGUGUUGACCAACACUCCUUAAUUAAAUCAUUACUUCAAAGUCCUCCAACAUAAUAUUAUUUCUGAGUUCACAAUGCAGAAUUGAUUUUGAAGUGUUCUCUGUAAUGCUGCUUCAAUGUGUAAGCUAAUUGUAACUUUACAGGCUUUUUGUGGUAUGAUGAUUUUUUCAUUAGCUCAUAAAGACAUGGAAAAUUGGCUAAUUGAACUGUCUACCACAAUAGUAGAUCUCUUGAUGUCAGAAACUCAUCUGUGAACAUUGUGGAACCUGAUGGUAUGACUUAUUUAAGUUUAAUUAUUUAAGACGUUCUGUGGAGAAAGUUGGAUAAAAUUGAAAUAUAUUACUAUAUUAAGUGCCUAUCUGAAUUGAACAUGUCUUUAACAUUAUGCUUGAUUUAGAUGUCAAGUUGGAAAAAUUUUAACAACAGAGUCAAGUGAACAGGUCAACAUUUUACGAGUCUUGGUAUGCUUUAACACCCCUGAAUUGAACGACCAAUUAGUCACAUGGGUAGAUAACAUUUAUGGAAUUGUGUAUUUGUAUUUUGUGAUUUUGCAUGCAUAUCAAUUGUUACAUUAGGCUUUAUGAUUGUAUAUGAAGUACUUAAGUACUCAAGCUAAAAAUAUUGUACUUAUCUCUGAAUGUUCUACUUUUAUCGAAAGCAAAUUUUAGAUGAAUUGUUCAAGCCUAUUCAUUUUGCUUCAGCAUCUAUACAACAAUCCAAAUUAACUUGUAUGACCUGCAUCUUUUAAACUGUUCAUUUUUUUUAAAGAAAUAACCAACUAUCUUAAUUUUUUUUCUCCCUACACAUCCAAUUAUUUAGUCUAUUUGCAUUUAGGAUAAGUGCAGUUUUCACCAUUUAUCUAAGCCAGUUGGAGGGAAAAAUCAUCUUAACAUUUACUAUUAUUAAAGUAUUGCAGUGUCAUUUAUUUAAAUCAAUUAAUUCCUCCAAGUGUUAAGAUGAGAAGAUGUCUUUAAAAAUAAAAUUUUAAUUUAUAUCAGAAUAUCAAUGUGGAAUGCAGAUAAAACUGAGUUUUGCAAAAUACUGAUACAUCGCCUCAAAUAGUUGAAAGCACUAUUUUAUUUUUCAUUUAACCUAUUUUUCUAAUCAACCUAUUCAGUGAUAUUAUUACACACCUCUGGAGCAGGUGGGAUAUGAACCCAGGCCUCUCAGUCCAGGGGUAGGUACCCUACUUUUGCACCACAAGAGCCCCUCUGAUGCUUCUGCCUGGUUCUGAACCAAGGCCUUUUGCAUGUGAAACGAAUGCGAUAACCACUAGACCACAGAAAUGGUACACGAUUGAAAGUGUUAAAGAUGUACUGUCAUUUGAAACAGCCAAGCAACAAUUAGAUUCAUUAAAUGCAAGUACCUGCUAUUCCACGUGUGUAAUUUUAACUAUCUUUGUAUUUUAAGAGUGCAUGCCACCACCAUGGUCGUGUUUUCCAAAAAGUUGUAAACUUAAAUUAUUUUUAUUUUAAUCAUAAUAACAUGAGUAAAAUACUUGGUUUAGAAGGCCAUUUCAAUUAUUUAUACCAAAAUAACACAGUCUAUUCAUAGCAAAGCUAAUACAUUUUAAUCAAGAUCGAACAGUAUGAGGUUUUCCUAUACUGCAUGUAUAUGUUAGCAUAAGUAUGUGUCAAAUUAAUCAGGGAUUUUUAGGUACCAUAAUCAAUAUCCUAUUUUGAGGUUAAUUAUUUGAAAUAUCUGAGAAAUAACAUCGCUUAUGGUAAUUUUAAAAGUUGUAGAUAAAAAUGAGAAACUUGAGCAUGGGCAAAACCGAUCAUCUCGUCAUGUUUUGAUUUUAUGUUACUUUAUGCCUAUAGUUUUAUGGUAGUCUUAGUUAUGGACAUAAAAGGGUUAAAUUAAUCUUCAGAAAUGGCCAGUUCACAGUCCAUCCAUUUUAUGAUGCUACUGAUUUUAAAUUAGUACUGAUACAAGAAGAUCCAGGGGUUUCUUGAAACAAUUGAUACUUGCUGAAGUACAGUAAAAACUGGUGUAGCAUUAAUCUAUAAGCCUAUAAAUAAUAGAUUUGAUUCUUAUUCAUUAAUCCCAACUAGCAGCUGGGUUUUUAGAAUUGUUUGGAACACCUCUCCUCAGUGAGAGAGGAGAAAAUAUUUAAGAGUUCCAACUCCUAACUGCUUUCGGCUACUGACUUGUCGUAUUUAGGGAAACCAGUAUUGCAAUUGAUUGUAAUGUCCUCUGUCAAGUAGCCGGUUGAGAUUUGCUGUCUUAAGCUUGUGCAGCCAGCCGCAAAAUGUUAACUCUGAUUUUUCUUCAUAGAUACUGCCAGACCUGCUGAGCUUCUCCAGAAACUUCUGUUUUUGUUCUAGCAGCAAUUAAGGUUUGGAACUGUUACUUGUUUUCCCAUCCCUCACUGAGGGGAGAGGCACUGUAAACGAUUCUGACCACCCAGUUGCUGCACAUGGCUGGGAUUAAUCCAAACACUGAUUUAAUGUUAUACCAUGGUUAGUGAACAGUUGGAAUUGGUGUGAAGUACUAGGUGCUACUUUUACUAUUUAUAAAUGUACCUUGCUAAGAAUCAUCUUCAUUAAACAGAUAAUUGUUUAUAAACAAGUUGCAUGUUAGUUACAUUAAUGGCUUAAUAAAAUAAUUAUUAUGCUUCAAGUAGAUUUUAUGAAUUUUUGAAACUAUUAAUGUUUUCUAAUAAAGUAUGUAGUUAGCUUGUCUGUGAGAUGUUACAGAUAUUGUCAUGUAUGUUACUUAGACAUAUUUUUAUUUGGAGCAAUAUUUUAUUUCAUAUAUAUUAUUUAGCCUUAAAUAUAACUGAUUCAACUUUACUGGGAAAAUAUUUUAGGAGGACUAUUGUAGGCAUAUGUCUUUUUUAUUUACUUUUUACCUUUCAAUACCGUAUAAAUGUUUUGUCCAUGAACCUGAGGAUUGUUUCUUUGUGAAUUGUUUUUAAGUGCUCAGUAACUUAAAAUUUCUCAAUGGCUUAUUUAUAAAACAUAGGAUAUUGUGAAGGAGAGGAGAAUUAAAAUUAUAUUGAGUUCCCAACAAGAUUGUCCAUAGUUUUUACACUGGUCAAAUGUUUAGAAGGAUUCUGAGGGAAAAUUGAUUUAGUGAGGGCAAGACUGCCUGCAGUGCACAUUUGUGGUUUGGUUACAUGCAGAAUUUUGAAUAGUUUCAUAAUAUUAAAUCAAAACAAUUGAUUCAUUUUGUUUGCUACUUUAGAACCACAGCAAUUUGGUAAAAAUGUUUUCAUAUCAUUUUAUAGCGUUUGUAAAGAGAAACGAGCCACAAAACACAGAUUUAAGUUGCUGUGGUUGGUUCGCUCAUUGAACUGGUUCGUCAGUUCGUUAGUUACUUCAUUGGAGGCUGCACUGAUGAUGUUACCCAGCAGGGUAACGAAACGUCUGUGAACCAAUGGACCAGCUCGGUGAGCGAACCAGCCACAGCAUCAACAAUUCGAGCUACAAAUCUACUCAAGAACCUUAGACAGAUUUAAGUUAAAGUUCAAAAGGGAGAUAAAAAGAACAAAACCCAAAUUACAAAUGGAAAUGACCUGCCUGGCAAUGUGAUAAAGGUGGAUAUGGUAGCAACUUUCAAAAGGAAAUUGGAUGAACACUUUAAGAACUAACAUUUACAGAGCAAAGGAGAAAAUGUUAGGAAAUGGGAUUGAUUAGAUCCCUCUUUCAAAGAGUCAGUACAAGGCACAAUGUGCUAUGUCAUGUUCCUCAUUUAAAGGUUUUAUAUUUUUUAAAGGUUUUAUAUUGAUAAUCAGAUGUUUCAUAAUUAUGAAAUACAGGUUGAAGUCAUUGGCAUACAAAUAUCACUCUCUAAUUUUACAUUUCUUGUGCUUAACUCUAUGUAUGCAAUUAAAGCUUUUUGAUGCUAUGUUAAUCAUGCUUGCAAUUUUUAAAAUUAAAUGUAUUCCACAAUGUUUGGACGUAAAAAGGCUUUUGCUAAGAAACUCCAACGAUUUUCUGAAAGAUCAUAUUCUAAAUGACAA